GCGACGGGAGAGAGAGGACAACUAAGACUCAACGUAGCACCUCUCACUGUCUUACUUUGGGCAGCAGUGAAUAUACACUCCACUUUACUGUACCUGAGGACCCUGACUCAUCUGUUGCUGAAAGACUCUCAGGAAUCAUGGUCCACCUCACAGCCCUGGUCACUUUUCUGACUUGUAUGGUUUUGUCUGAGACCCAACAUGAACCCGGCUACUGCUCUUUUUAUGAGGAAUGUGGCCGAAACCCGUCAGUGGGGGUUGCCCUUAUUCCUCCUAUCGUCCCCUGUCUCGAUUACAGCCCUGCCCGACCUCUCAAAGGAGAACACUACAAGAAACUAGCAAAGGUGUGUCCCAUUCUGGAUCGUGGAGAGAACAACACAUACGCCUGCUGCUCCGUCAAACAGCUGUCAUCCCUGGAAACGAGUUUGUCCUUGUCCAAGGCUGUGCUGGUCCGCUGCCCUUCCUGCGCUGAAAACUUUGCCCACCUGCACUGCAUCAACACUUGCAGCCCCAACCAGAGCCAGACAAUAAAAGUCACAAAAGUCAUGAACAUCACUACUGCGGGCAAGACAAGAGAGGCUGUGGUGGGCUACCAGGCAUUCUUAACCAGCAAGUUUGCAAACGCUGCCUUUGAUUCUUGUAAAAAUGUCAGGAUCCCUGCAACAGGAGGCUUUGCCAUCGCCACCAUGUGUGGUCAGUAUGGUGCCAAGCUGUGCAACGCCCAGCGUUGGUAUGACUUCCAGGGGGACUCCAGUAAUGGCCUGGCUCCACUGGACAUCGACUUCAGGCUGAUUAAAGAGGGAGAUACUGCGGGACUACCAGAGGGUGUCAUUCCCUACAAUGGACGAGCUUUAAUGUGUAACGAGACCACACCAUCUGGAGGUGGGGUCUGCUCCUGCAAGGACUGCCAAGAGUCGUGCCCGAAUGUGUCUAUUCCACAGCCACCCGCACCCUUCACACUGCUGGGAGAAGAUGGCUACCUUGUGAUUUCUAUCAUCAUGUUCGUCCUCCUGAUAUGUUCCUUCCUGCUCUUCCUAGUUGUCUCUUGCUUGGUGAGGUCUCUAAAAAGAAAGGAUGAAGAGACUGGAAAGAGAAAGGGAAAAGGCAAAGACCAGAACAGUAAUGAUGUGACUCAGCAGGUCAUAGAUCCAUCAGAAGUUACGUGCGCCGACAGGAAUAGCCUGGCUGCUCAAGCUUUCCUAACCAGUGUGUUUCAGGAAUGGGGAACCCUCAUGGCCAAGUAUCCUCUCGCGGUGCUCCUGGUGUCGGCUGUAGUUGUGGCUGCUCUUGCUGCUGGUCUCAUGUCCGUUGAACUCACCACUGACCCAGUCGAGCUGUGGUCUGCUCCUAACAGCCGAGCCCGUGAGGAGAAGGAUUUCCAUGACAAGCACUUUGACCCCUUCUUCAGGACCAACCAGCUGAUCUUGACUGCACCAGGAAGAAAAGGUCACAUGUACGACUCUUUGCUGUUUGGGCAGCAAAACUUUAGUGGCCUUGUAUCCAAAGAUCUCAUUAUUGAGCUGCUGGAGCUCCAGAAACGAAUACAGAACAUCAAGUUCUGGUCAGACGAUCUGAACGGCACAGCAACUCUGAAGGAUGUGUGUUAUGCACCACUGAACCCAUCCAAUCCCUCCCUGACCGACUGUGCAGUAAACAGCUUGCCACAGUACUUCCAGAACAGUGUGGAAAACAUUAAUGCGAAGGUGAACAUGACAGAGCUGGGAGUGACCAAAGAGGUGGACUGGAGAGACCAUCUAAUCUACUGCCUCAAUUCUCCCCUGUCCUUCAAAGACAUUACUGAUUUAGGUAUGAGCUGCAUGGCCGACUACGGAGGUCCAGUCUUUUCCUUUCUGGCUGUUGGAGGCUAUAACAAUGAUGACUAUACCAACGCUGAGGCUUUCGUCCUGACCUUCUCCCUCAACAACUAUCCUCGUACCGACAUCAAGUUCAAAGUGGCUAUGCAGUGGGAGACGGAGUUUCUCAAAAUUGUCCAAGAAUACCAGAGAAGCCCUGCUACCAACUUCACCUUUGCAUACAUGGCAGAGAGGUCUCUCGAGGAUGAAAUUAAUCGGACAACAGCAGAGGAUAUCCCCAUCUUCAUGAUCAGCUAUGCUGUAAUCUUUGUUUACAUUGCUGUUGCACUCGGGGAGUACUCUUCAUGGAAACGCAUAUUGGUGGACUCUAAGUUUCUGGUGGGUCUGGGUGGGAUCCUGGUGGUUGGCUGUUCUGUCCUGGCCUCCAUGGGUUUCUACUCCUGGGUCGGCAUCCCCUCCUCGCUUGUCAUCCUGCAGGUCGUGCCCUUCUUGGUGCUUGCUGUCGGAGCUGACAACGUCUUCAUCUUUGUUCUGGAGCACCAGAGAGAUGUACGGAGGCCCAGAGAAACGAGAGAAGAGCAGAUUGGUCGAGUCCUUGGAAAUGUAGCUCCCAGCAUGCUCCUGUGCAGUCUCUCAGAAUCUGUCUGCUUCUUUCUAGGGGCCCUGUCCACUAUGCCAGCAGUGAGGUCCUUUGCGCUCUACGCUGCUCUGGCUGUGCUAAUGGACUUUAUCCUCCAGAUGACAGCCUUUGUAGCGCUGCUGUCCCUGGACGCUCGGCGGCAAGACAAGAACCGCUGUGAACUGCUCUGCUGUGUUACAGUGUCUACCCAGCGCCCCAAUAAGCCCAACGAAGGUUUCCUGCUGCCCUUCAUGAGGAAAUACUACGCCCCCUUCCUGCUGAACGGUUUCACCAGGAUCAUAGUGAUGCUGGUUUUCAUCGUCAUGUUCUCUGGUUCCUUACUCCUCAUGUUCAAUGUGACUGUGGGUCUGGAUCAGGAGCUAGCUAUGCCUCAGGGGUCUUACAUGCUGACUUAUUUCGAGUAUCUGUACAAAUACUUUGAAGUUGGAGUCCCUGUUUAUUUUGUUACAAAAAAGGGCUUCAACUUCUCCACUGAGACGGGCAUGAAUGCAGUCUGCUCCAGCGUGGGCUGCGAUCAAUUCUCCCUAACCCAGAAGAUCCAGUACGCCACCGACAACCCUCAUUUAUCCUACAUCGCUAUUCCUGCUAACUCCUGGGUGGAUGAUUUCGUUGACUGGCUGAACCCUGCAUCCAGUUGUUGUCGUCUGUAUACCCUCGGCCCAAAUGCUGGGCAGUUCUGUCCUGCAGACAAAAAUGCUUUUCUUUGUGGACGGAAGUGUAUGGGUAUUCCUACAGAUGGUAUCCUCAGACCUAGUGUGGAUCAAUUCAACCGCUUCCUCCCUGAUUUCCUGGGUAACAGACCUGACCUGAAGUGCCCCAAAGGUGGUCUAGGAGCCUAUGACACGGCUGUGGUGAUAGAUGACAGUGGAGAAAUUAUAGCUUCUCGGUUCAUGGCUUACCACACGCCUCUGACCAACUCUCAGGAGUUCACUGCAGCAUUGCUGAAGGCCAGAGAGCUGGCACACAACAUCACCAUGGGCAUGAGGCAAAUACCUGGCACCUCACCAGACUUUGAAGUCUUUCCCUACACGGUGACUUAUGUAUUUUAUGAGCAGUACCUGACCAUUGUGCCAGAGGGACUCUUCAACAUCUCCCUGUGUCUGCUGCCGACCUUUGUGGUGUGCUGUCUGCUGUUGGGUUUGGACCUGCGCUCUGGUCUGCUCAACCUUAUUACCAUAAUCAUGAUUGUUGUGGAUACUGUUGGUGUCAUGACUCUCUGGGGCAUCGACUACAAUGCAGUAGCCCUUAUCAACCUGGUCACGGCGGUGGGUAUCUCUGUGGAGUUUGUGUCCCACUUGACGAGAUCCUUUGCACUCAGCACUAAACCCACACAUGUGGAAAGAGCAAAGGAGGCUACAGCAAACAUGGGCAGCGCUGUGUUUGCUGGUGUUGCUAUGACCAACCUACCUGGCAUCCUUGUGCUGGCACUUGCCAAAGCACAGCUCAUCCAGAUCUUCUUCUUCCGGUUAAACCUCGUCAUUACACUCUUGGGGAUGGCUCAUGGACUCAUAUUCCUCCCUGUACUGCUCAGCUACUUUGGUCCUGGUGUGAAUAAAGCAGUGCUGCUGCAGCUCCAGCAGGCCAAAGCAAAGGCCGCCCAGGAGCUGGAGAUGAGGAACAACAUGAGACAAAUGUACGAUAACUUGAGCUACGAAGACAACGAGACAAAAGAGGAACCAGAUUCAAACUCCACAAAGGGUCAUGCAGAUGACAGAAGACCAUCACAAACUAUGGAAAGCAGAAAGGAGGAGCAGGAGGUGAAAAUUGAUCGUUUCUGAGCACCACCAACUAGACAAACUGAACUGUUUUAAUGCUCUGCCGAGAAAAUACCUCUCCAAAAAACUGAACAAGGAUGGACAAAGACUAAGACGGAGAUAGCAAACGAGUGGUCAUGUACAGUAUUUGGCUCAAUAUGGAAAUCAUUAACCUAACUAUGUACCUCAAUCAGAAAUGGAGCAGUGGGACUGAACAAUAUUUCUGAGCAAUGCAAGAGUUGACUAUUCACUGAGAGUCAAUCUUCCUGUCUGAACAUACAGUUAUGGAUGUACAUGUCUCUCUUUGUGAGCUCUGCAGCAUGGCAUGAUUGUUUUUCGUUCAAUUGUGGAAUUAUUUGACAUGACAGGAAGUAGACAAAUGCUCUUGUCUUUUUUGGGUUUUUUUUUUUAUUGAAUGUAAUAAUUUUGUAUGUAUGAAUACUUCACAUUAGCCAUGUUUCAAGUGGUAUAAAGGGACACGCACUCCAACUUUUCAUAUUAUGGUUUCUUCGAUUGUAGUGUGAUGCCAUUGUUGUAAAAAUGUGCAAUCGCUGAAAAAAUAUUAAAUGUGUUUAUUAUGUUUAAAUUAUAUUA